UUUCUCUUUCUCUCAACAAUCUCCCUACCCCAACUAUUAUAUUGAUCAGUCUGCAAUGCGCUGGUAUCAUAAACUCUAAGCCGCCUUGCAGCUCUCCGUUUUUCUCAUAGGGACCCACACCGCAAAAACUCCAGGGAAAAAAAACAUGGCGACAUGAAGAACCAGGAACCUCCCCUUCGGACAAAGGAGCGGUUGUCCGGAUGCGGUUUUACCCCCGGUGCCCCGAAGGAUGCCAGAAACCGGACUCGGGCGCUCCCGAUAGACCCGAAACGGGGGGAGAGGGGAGGCGCGUCCUCAGGCGGGACUACAAACGCGACACUCGGGAGCCGGGAGGGCUUAAAAGAGGGCCGAAAGCGGUGAAGACAAGAGGACCUCCUUCCCCCUUGUGGAAGCCCCUUCGGGCGCCGCCUCUUCCCUUCCAGCGCUGCCUCCAGCGCCGAUUGGAAGUUCAGCCGCCGCGGAGGAUGAAGCGCUUCUCUGGCCGCCGCGCUUUGGUGACGGGUGCAGGCAAAGGGAUCGGCAGGGCUGCGGCGGUACGGCUGAGCCAAGCUGGGGCUCAGGUGGUGGCGGUGAGCCGGACCCAGACAGAUCUCGAGACCCUGCAAGAAGAGUGCCCUGGCAUCCAGACAUUGUGUGUUGACCUCGCAGACUGGGAAGCUACAGAGACUGCACUAAGCACAGUAGAAGAUAUUGAUUUGUUAGUGAAUAAUGCUGCUGUAGCAGUUUUGCAGCCAUUCCUACAGGUUUCUAAGGAGGCCUUUGACAGAUCUUUCAGUGUCAACCUUCGGGCUGUGCUGCAGGUCUCCCAGAUUUUUGCCCAGAAAUUGAUUGCCAGAGGAGCACCAGGAGUUAUUGUCAAUGUUUCAAGCCAAGCUUCCCAACGGGCUGUGUUAAAUCACACAGUCUAUAGUGCAACCAAGAGUGCCUUGGAUAUGCUGACAAAGUCAAUGGCUCUGGAAUUAGGCCCCCAUAAGAUUAGGGUAAAUUGUGUGAACCCUACAGUUGUCAUGACCAACAUGGGACGCCUAAAUUGGAGUGAUCCCCAGAAAUCUGGACCUAUGCUUGGCCGCAUCCCAUUGGGAAAAUUUGCAGAAGUGGAUGAUGUGGUAAAUGGCAUCCUGUUCUUGUUGAGCGACCAAAGCAACAUGACCACUGGUGCCACACUGCCCAUUGAUGGAGGAUUCCUCUCCAGCUAGAAUACCUUGUUGGGUAAAUUCUUUGGGGAUGAAUAGCCUGACUCUUCAUGAUUUAUCCAGUUUAGUCUUUUUCAAAAUACGGAAGGAUCAUGAAAUGGAACAAUUUGAUAUACAAAUAAAUCAAUAAAGUAGUAGAAAGAA